CCGCAUUCCCCCCACGCUUUCCCCCCCGCGAGCCUUCUGGAAGAAGCACGCAUCGAUUGACCGCGACCGACCUCGCCGCCGGCGACCGUACGGAUUCCGCCCCUCCCCGCCGCGGCGGCGGCACCACCGGGGCGCGCGCGCCGGGAUGGCGCUGGAGCUGAGCCUGGUGUCCGCUUCGCCCCCUGGUGGGCUGGCGGCGAGCCCGCCCCCGCCCGCCGCCAUCCCGGGGAAGGAGCAGCAGGUGGCCGGGGUGGGGAUCCUGCUGCAGAUCUCCAUGCUCGUGCUCUCCUUCGUGCUCGGCCACGUCCUCCGCCGCCACCGGUUCUACUACCUCCCCGAGGCCAGCGCGUCUCUCCUCAUCGGUCUAGUUGUCGGUGGGCUUGCUAAUAUUUCAAAUACAGAGACCAACACUAGGAUGUGGUUCAACUUCCAUGACGAAUUUUUCUUCUUGUUCUUAUUGCCUCCAAUAAUAUUCCAAUCAGGAUUCAGUCUAUCCCCAAAACCAUUCUUUGCAAAUUUUGGGGCUAUUGUAACUUUUGCCAUCCUUGGGACAUUCAUUGCUUCUGUUGUAACAGGAGUUCUCGUCUAUCUUGGUGGGUUGACAUUUCUAAUGUACAAACUUCCAUUUGUUGAGUGCCUCAUGUUCGGUGCUCUUAUAUCUGCAACUGAUCCUGUCACUGUGUUAUCAAUAUUCCAGGAGCUGGGCACUGAUGUUAACUUGUAUGCUCUUGUGUUUGGAGAAUCUGUUCUAAAUGAUGCGAUGGCGAUUUCGCUUUACAGGACAAUGUCAUUGGUCAGAAGUCAAGCAGCAGCUGGGGAGAACUUCUUUAUGAUGGUUUUCCAGUUCCUUGAGACCUUUGUUGGUUCAUUGUCAUCAGGUGUUGGAGUUGGAUUUAUCUCUGCUCUUCUGUUUAAGUAUGCUGGACUGGAUAUUGACAAUCUUCAAAACUUGGAGUGCUGCCUUUUUGUUCUCUUCCCAUACUUCUCGUAUAUGUUAGCAGAAGGACUUGGGUUGUCAGGAAUUGUUUCCAUACUAUUCACAGGAAUGGUUAUGAAGCACUAUACAUUUUCCAAUCUCUCAAACAACUCUCAGCGCUUCGUUUCUGCCUUCUUUCACUUGCUGUCAUCUUUAGCAGAAACAUUUGUGUUCAUUUAUAUGGGCUUUGAUAUUGCCAUGGAAGAACAUAGCUGGUCUCAUGUGGGCUUCAUAUUCUUCUCAAUUAUAUUUAUAAUCAUUGCAAGGGCAGUAAAUGUCUUUUCUUGUGCAUAUUUGGUUAACAUGUCACGGCCAGAACAUCGACGCAUACCUCUAAAGCAUCAGAAAGCACUUUGGUUUAGUGGGCUUAGAGGGGCCAUGGCUUUUGCACUUGCUCUCCAAUCUGCCAAUGAACUUCCUGGAGGACAUGGAAAAACAAUAUUCACAACCACCACAGCUAUUGUUGUUUUAACGGUACUUCUUAUCGGAGGAUCGACGGGCACCAUGCUGGAAGCUUUGGAUGUAAUUGGUGAUGAAAACAGAUCAAUAGAAAAUUAUGACGACAACAAUGGUUACAUCCCCCCAACGUAUGAGGAAGGUUCAUCAUCUGGAGGAGGAUUAAGAAUGAAACUGAAGGAAUUCCACAAAAGCACGACAUCGUUCACUGCCCUUGACAGGAACUAUCUGACUCCAUUUUUCACCAGUCAAACUGAUGAGGAUGAUGAUGUCUUCGGUGAACAACCCCAAAACCAGAGACGCGGAUUCUAUGACCAAUAGCUUGGAUGAGUUGCCACCUGACAGCCACAUACACGAUACUUAGCAUGGUAGCAUGUGAUGAGAUUGGAAGCGAUCGUAAGUAUACAACUUCUCAUAGUUGAAUAGCAUAUGAAAGAGCAUACCGUAGGAUAGAUAUCAUAACACAACUUGAUUCGUCGGCGAUGACGAAAGCAUGCUGCUUCAUGUAUAUAUUUUAGGCCUCGAUUAGUACGUGGUGGAGCUGUAAUGAGACAAAAAUGAUUGUAAGGGAAAAAAAACUGAGCCCAAGCCCAUGUCAUGAGUUAGAAUGAUUGCAAUAACCCAGAGCUGAUCAUUGGCAGCUUACUGUCAAGUUGGAAAAGCAUGUUAACCAAAUCACCAGCUGUGUCAUUGGCUGGUCUUGAAGUUACUGAUCAUCAUUGGGGCUUAAAUCAUUCAUGUUUGAAAACU